CUUUGCGGCCGCACUGCUUGAUGGCAGUGGUGUCUGCCCCACGGCCGGCGUUGCCGGGGUAACGGCGAGCGCAUGGGGCCAAGAAAGAAUACCUCCUCUGAAAAAUGGCAGAAGCAGUUUUCCAUGCCCCGAAGAGGAAAAGAAGAGUGUAUGAGACUUACGAGUCUCCAUUGCCAAUCCCUUUUGGUCAGGACCAUGGUCCUCAGAAAGAAUUCAAGAUAUUCCGUGCUGAAAUGAUUAACAACAAUGUGAUUGUGAGGAAUGCAGAGGACAUUGAGCAGCUCUAUGGGAAAGGUUAUUUUGGAAAAGGUAUUCUUUCAAGAAGCCGUCCAAACUUCACAAUUUCAGAUCCUAAACUGGUUGCUAAAUGGAAAGAUGUGAAGACAAACAUGCCUAUCAUCACAUCAAAGAGGUAUCAGCAUAGUGUUGAGUGGGCAGCAGAGCUGAUGCGUAGACAGGGGCAGGAUGAGAGUACAGUGUGCAGAAUCCUCAAGUAUUACACGAAACCGCUUGAGCGUCCUCCUGUGAAAAGGAACGAAGAGGCUCAAGUGUAUGACGAGCUUAACUCUGGAAUGGUUUCUAACAUGGAAGGCACAGCAGGGGGAGAGAGACCUUCUGUGGUAAACGGGGACUCUGGAAAGUCAGGUGGUAUGGGUGAUCCCAGUGAGCCGUUAGGCUGCCUGCAAGAGGGCUCUGGGUGCAACCCAACAACAGACAGCUUUGAGAAAAGUGUGAGAAAGGACGCUGCACCUCUGCCCCAAGUCUGUUGCUGCAAACAAGAUGCUCUCAUCCUCCAGUGUGGCCCUCACCAUGAGGACAGCAGCCAGCACGUCGGCCUCCUGCAUGCUGGGGACAGAGGGCCUGACCAUGAGUACGUGCUCGUCGAGGAAGCGGAGUGUGCCAUGAGCGAGAGGGAGGAUGCCCCAAAUGAGGAAUUGGUGCAAAGAAACAGAUUAAUAUGCAGAAGAAAUCCAUAUAGGAUCUUUGAGUAUUUGCAACUCAGCCUAGAAGAGGCCUUCUUCUUGGUCUAUGCUCUGGGAUGUUUAAGUAUUUACUAUGAGAAGGAGCCUUUAACGAUCGUAAAACUCUGGAAAGCUUUCACUGUAGUUCAGCCCACGUUCAGAACCACCUACAUGGCCUACCAUUACUUUCGAAGCAAGGGCUGGGUGCCCAAAGUGGGACUCAAGUACGGGACAGAUUUAUAUUCAGCACAGUCACAUGCUGAACAGGUUUGUAGCCUAGAAGCAAUAAGUGAUACCACAUAGCCUUUGUGUGUGGUGGGCUGUACCAUCUAGGUUUGUGUAAGUACACUCUACCAUGUUUACACAACAGUGAAAUUGCGUAAGGACUCAUAUCUUAGAAUGCAUCCUCGUCAUUAAUCCACACAGACAGUAAUUGUUACUAGCAUAGGUAACUGUGAUACUUACUUUAUGUCAUACACUGUGCUAAUACUUCUGCCUUCAGCAUAACCCCCAUUUUUUAUAACGAAAUUGACAUGCAGAGUUGUCCCAUGGUCUUGGCACUGCUGACCUAACCUUGGGUCCGUCUACUACCAGUGUUCUUGCUUAAACUAAGCUGUGCUGUGUCGGAGUCUGUCGUCAGAAAUUACUUGCCUUGUGGGUGUGAGCUACUUUCAAGCUCUGUAAUGCUCCAGGUGCAUAUUGGAUUAAUGAUGUGUGUUUGAUUACAGGUAAUGGCAUUUGAGGACUAGAAAAGAUCUCAAUUUCCCCGAUGUCUUCAUUUUAGGAUUUUGGAAACCAAGGCUCAGAGAAGUUAAUAACUUGCUUAAAGGCAUACAACUUGAGGAGCGAAGAUUGGGCAGGGAACAAAACUCCUGAGUUCACUUUCAUUUCAGUACAUGGUUUCUUUCCAGUACACUCCAUCUCAAAAAGUUGAGAAUUAUAUGUUUGGAUAUUUACUUACAUUUGUGCCACAGUGAAUUUGAGCUGACUUGCUGAGUGCUUUAAAUACAACUUAAAUAGGAAAUACAGACAGGAAAUGUGACCAUGGAAAAUGUAGAUGCGAAACAAGACUAAGUGAAGGGUUGCUGUGUCGCCCUUGGGGUCCUAUAUGGUUACUAAAGUCAUGCUGCAAAUUUGACUCUGAGCUUCCUGAGCCAAAGAGAAACAUGAUUACAGGAUUAAUCUGUCCAAAAAGGAAAAUUCUAUCCAUUCCUCAAGGGAAACAAAACUUUUCCUUGAACUUUCCUGUGCUGGUUUUAGCACAGAGGACAGCUAACAGCUUACAGAUGUAAUUGUGUUCGUUAUGGCAAUUCCCAUAGCUGUAAUUGCAUAUAAACCCCAAGUCUCAGGGGCUUAACAAUAGAGUUCAUUUUUGUUCAUGUGAAAUCCAACACGGCUAUCUCUGAUUGGUGGCCCAAUCAACUCCAAAAAAUGCUUUAGGAACUGCUUCCUGGUGGCUCCCAGUCUUCAGCACACAGCUUCCAAAGUCACCUUCAGGCCGGGCGCAGUGGCUCACUCCUGUAAUCCCAGCACUUUGGGAGGCCCAGGCGGGCGGAUCAUAAGGUCAGGAGAUCAAGACCAUCCU